AUGGCUUGUGGACCGUACAACGCUAUUCGCGCAUUGCGACAGUGCGCCAGUGAUAACUUUUCAGUUAUCCACAAUAUCAACCGGGCAGUUGAGGCCAAGGAGAGCAUACUCUCAAACUUUUACGUCGAUGAUUACUUGGAUAGUGUAAAUACUACUACAGUUGCCAGCACCGAGUCGUUUCCGAGUAAUUCUGAUACCACUGUACUGGGCUUGCACUGGAACCCUAAUAAUGACACUUUAUUUUACAAAGUACGGUUGCCGGUGCUCGAUGCAAUUCCUACUAAACGCAACGUACUAAGCGAUGUCGCACGAUUAUACGACCCAUCGGGAUUAUUGUCGCCGGUGAUCGUAUGGGCCAAGAUUUUUAUCCAGAUGCUUUGGAAGGCAGAGCUGCCAUGGGAUACACCAUUACCAGGCGAUUUACGAGAUGAAUGGUUAACAUUUCGGAAUGGUUUGUACCAGCUUUUCAGUAUUCGGGUGUUGCAUUGGUUGGGCAUGACCAAGACGUCCACGGUAAACUUUCACGGCUUCUGUGACGCCAGCAGCAAAGCUUACGCUGCGGUCGUCUAUGUGCGCAUCGAAGAUCCAGAGGGUGAGGUACGCGUAUCCCUGGUUGCGGCCAAAACAAGGGUAGGACCCAGUAAGAGUACUACAAUUCCACGAAUGGAACUCAGUGCAGCACGACUACUCGCUAUGACAAUGGAAGAGAUUUGUCACGCCUUGCGACUGGACAGCGCAGGUUGUAUGUAUUGGAGUGAUUCGACCAUUGUCCUCCACUGGAUCCAGAAAGCACCGACCGUACUAAAGCCGUAUCAAAUUGCUGAGUUAAGUGAGUGUAUUGAAAAUUCUAACGAUGAAAAUCAACCAAUAUUAUUGCAAACGGUCGUAAAAGAAAUUGCAGCUCUUAGAGCGGAGAACGCACACGUUGUUGCGUUGGUUAAUGCACUCCGCGAAGACAAUAAGCGUUUAAUUUGCAAAACUGAAUGCCUGCAGUCUGAACUUCACUCUUUAAAGAGUACUAUUCGCUUUGAAGAGUUCGCAUCUGCAAUUACUACGCUCUCAGCUGAAGUGAAAGGUGUUCGCAUCGACCUUCGCUCUUCUAUUAACAACAAUACACCCAGUAAACAAUUAGCUCCCUCCACUAAUACUAACGCGGCUUCACCAGCCAACUCUACUUCAGCUCUCAAGUUACGCUCUCUACCUGCUGCUUCUGCAAAACGUACUGAUAAGAGCAAUCGGCAGAUGCGUCAGAGUAUCACUGGCUCUAAUGCAAAUGCACCCGAUCUACCUGCUGCUGAUAGGAAUGCUGCUUCAUCUUCUUCAUCUUUGGCCCCUGGCCUUGUUGCUACUGAUAAUGAUGAAACACCCACGAAUUUCGCUACUAAAGUUGGCGAUUUAUCUUCUGCAAAUGGAAACACAGUUACUGUACAGAACAUUAAUGCUGGAACUGCUGGCAGCGCUUAUGCCUCCAUUCUUGCUCGCGAUAACGGUGGGUAUAAUGCAAAUGCUGUUCAGGAUGGUAUUGCUGUUGGUAUUGCUGCUACUGGCAAACGAACUGAUGAGAACAGUCGACAGAAGCUCUCAGAGUAUCAUUGGCUCUAA